GCCAAGAUAACGAGCUGCCUGUGUGUUCAGCGAAAGCGGUGAUGUUUUGUGCCAAAACGAUAGUGCGUCCUGGCAAAGCCAUUAACGUGAAGGGAGACUUUUUGAUAUAAUUAGCCUAUUUUGCGUUUAAUUUAAUUUACCUAAGACGUUAGAGGAAUCGAUUUUACUUAUUAUUCAUGACCGUGUGUUCAGGGGAAGAGGAUAUUAAACGACAUCGCCGCAGUGCCUGGACUGAGGGGAUAAAGUCACUCUUACGGACAAAUUCAACAGGGAACACUGGAUAAUCUGGUCGAGGAUAACCUUGUCAACCUCCUUGCGUGGUGGAGAAGAUAAGUUUAGUUGUUCGAAGAUAGCUCGACUGCACAUUACAGCGACAUCCACACUGUCACGGAGAAAAUCAGAAGGAAGGCAGGUUCAACGGGAGGUUCCACGGACAUCCUGUUCUUUAGGAUGAACCACUUAUCUAUCAGCGAGCUAUGUUGCCUCUUUUGCUGUCCACCGUGUCCCAGCAAGAUCGCCUCAAAGCUGGCCUUCCUGCCCCCUGAGCCCACUUACAGCCUGAUGUGUGAUGACAGUGGCAGCCGGUGGACACUGCACCUUUCUGAGCGUGCAGACUGGCAGUACUCAGCCCGGGAAAAGGAUGCCAUUGAGUGCUUCAUGACCCGAACCUCAAGGGGGAAUCGAAUUGCCUGUAUGUUUGUGCGGUGCUCACCCUCUGCACGUUACACAUUACUGUUUUCUCAUGGUAAUGCUGUGGACUUGGGCCAAAUGAGCAGCUUCUACAUCGGUUUGGGGUCUCGCAUCAACUGCAAUGUCUUCUCUUAUGACUACUCGGGUUACGGAGCCAGUUCUGGGAAACCCUCUGAGAAAAACCUAUAUGCUGAUGUAGAUGCUGCCUGGCAGGCACUACGGUCACGGUAUGGCAUUCGGCCUGAGAAUGUGAUUGUGUAUGGCCAGAGCAUUGGCACAGUGCCGUCAGUUGACCUCGCCUCCCGCUAUGAAAGUGCUGCGGUCAUCCUCCACUCGCCACUGACCUCGGGAAUGAGGGUGGCCUUCCCUGACACUAAGAAGACGUAUUGCUUUGACGCCUUUCCCAAUAUUGAUAAGAUUUCAAAGGUCACAUCCCCGGUCCUGGUGAUUCAUGGCACAGAAGAUGAGGUCAUAGACUUCUCCCAUGGGCUGGCCCUGUAUGAGCGCUGUCAGCGUCCUGUAGAGCCCCUGUGGGUGGAGGGGGCCGGGCACAAUGACGUGGAGCUCUAUGGACAGUAUCUGGAGAGACUGAAACAGUUUGUUUCACAUGAACUUGUCAACUUGUAAAUUUCCUGAACAGAGUAGAGAAAGGAAAAGCACUGGCUUUUUGAAGAACUUGAAGGACUUUAACACAAUUAAUAUUAUUUGACUGUUUGUCAAAGUACUUUUGAGUUUUUGGUAGUAAGCAUUCAUAUCAAGGACCUCUUUUUAAGCUCCGAUUCACCUCAGUAUAUUGUCCAUUCCAUCUCUGGCAGUUGUAAGCUGUGAAACUCACAUAAAUGUAGUUUCAUAUUUUAAUGCACAUUAAUACUGUGUCUGCGUGAGAAAAUUGGUGAAGGAUGAUAAAGCUAGCAACUAAAAUCUUGUAGUAGUUGUCGAAAGGAGUGAGUGAGAACAUUUCUGCCUUUUUAAAAGAUCUGGUUCAAGGUCUUGAAACAAAGUCUGAAGUUGUAAAUUGGGCCUUGGUGUUUUUACAAAUGUGAACUAAACGGUUUCUGUCAGUUUUGGUCAUGCACACUGUACUUUAUUUUCCCAAUUAUUAUACAUGAAAGCUUUUAUGACUCUUAUUUGCACAUGCCGCUGUUAAAACAAAAAUAUUAUUUACUAUGCCAGUGAUGCCAAAUGUUUGCAAUCCUUACAUGCAAGUGAUUUAUGUGAAAUAUCUUGUUUCAACAAAUACAAUGCAAGUGAUGUUCAGCUCAUAGGCUGAGCUAUUAUUUAAUAUUGCCCAGUAUGAGGAGAUUUGACCAUUAAAAUGUGUGUUUUAAGAUUAGUAUCUACAGUAAAAUAAAUAAUAAAAGUCAAGAAAAACUGUUGCUGGAGAGAGAUUUGCGAAUAAAUGGGUUACCUCACUUUGAAAGUAUUGCCUUGAUAAAUUAACAGAAAAAGCCCUGAGCCUGAUAAGAUAAUCAGACCUGUGCAUUACAUGUAAACAUGGAUAUAUACUACUGUGACAGAAACUACAUACUCAUACAACUACUGUAAUUGCCAUUUGGGACUGAAGAUCAUUAUAAUUUAGUAACUAUUUUGAGCUGAAAUGUUCAUUGUU